AGUCAAAUCAGGACCAAAUCCUGAAAAGCUUAUCCUCUAUUUUCGUCUAUAAAAGACUAAAAAGCUCGGAUGAAACCCUAUAUUUGCAUGCUUCUCCGGAACCAAUACUUCUGAGUUCUUUGGAGUCUUCGGCAAUGGCGAUCGAGAGGCAGCAGCCUAGAGCUAGGAGAAGGGUUUCUUCUGAUCGAUCGGCGGGACGGAUCUUCGAUCUCUAUGACAGUGAUCAGUGCUCUGAUCCGGAGGAGGAUGAUCGAGGCCGGGAUGAUGAGGAGUGGACUUGUGAAUCGGAGAGCAAGAGGCCGCGCAAGAAGAUCAAGAGAACUGGGACGGAUUGUGGGGUUGUUGUUGUUAAAGGACAGCGGACUCCGCGGCGGUCUUCUGGUCUUCAGGGGAAGGUGAAUCCUGUCUCUUCUUGGAUUUCUGGGCGGGACUUGGUGGAUGGUGUUGGUCGAGGCUUGCGGGGUGAUGCAGAGAAGCAAGGAUUGGGGGGAAAUCUUAGGAUUACUGGGGAACUUCAUCGGCACUUUCCAUUGGCUAGAAGGGAGGCACUUUUUGGUAAUGGGGUUGGGGAUGGAUUGAAGAAGAAGGUGAGAAGUUUUAAUGGAUCAUGCCGUCCGUUUUCAGCAUCCUCCGCUAUGGGUAGAAUUCGGGGUGAAGAAAAAUCUAUCAGUUUGAAUUCCUGUGGAGAGAUAGAAAAGGCUGACAUACUUAGAAGUGCUCGCUAUGUGUUAGACUUUAUAUUGCCUUUUCUGAAACAACUGAACCAAGAACAAGUGAAAGAAAUUGAGAUUGAAGCCAAUAUUCAAGGGUUGCUGUUACCAGAGAUGAGGCCACAACAAGCAGUUUGCCAGAAAGAUGAGCGUGUAUUCUGUAACAAUUGUAAAACCUCAAUUGUUGAUUUCCAUCGGGUCUGUUCGAAUUGUGGCUAUGAAUUAUGCCUGAGAUGUUGUCAAGAAUUACGUUCAGGUGAUUUGAGGGGUUGCUGUCAAUUUGUGACACCACAUUAUCCAUAUAGAGGACAACCCUACAUGCAUGGUGGUGAUCCUCUUCCAGGAGUUAGUCAAGAAAAUGAGAGUUCCACGACAAAUUACCAUAUAAAUAUUGCUAAAUGGAAAGCUAACUCUGAUGGAAGCAUCCCAUGCCCCCCCACUGCUGUUGGUGGAUGUGGUUCUUCUGUGCUAGAGCUUAGACACAUCUUCCCUAGAAAUUUUUUAUUGGAUCUGGAAGCUAAGGCAGAGAAAUUAGGUAGCAGUCUGCAUUUUGAUGCCCCUGUAGAGCAAAAGUACAUUUGCUCCUGUUCUACCACUGAAAUGUCCAGGAAAGCAGCUUCAAGAACUGAUUCAAGUGAUAAUUACAUAUAUUGCCCUUCACUGGCUGAAGUUGAGGAAGAUGGAAUGGUUCAUUUUCAGAGUCACUGGUUAAAGGGAGAACCAGUUAUUGUUAGUGGGUUGGUUAAUGAAAGAUCAGGUUUGUGCUGGGAGCCAAUGGCUAUGUGCCGUGCAAUAUGCAAUAAUGAAGGAAGCUACAAGAUGAAGGCCAUUGAUUGUCUUGCUUGUUGUGAGGUUGAGAUAAGCACCCACCAAUUUUUUGAAGGCUAUAAGCAAGGAAGAAUGUAUCCAAAUCAAUGGCCAGAAAUGCUUAAAUUGAAGGAUUGGCCUACAUCAAAUCACUUUGAGGAGUUUUUACCACACCAUGGUGCUGAAUUUAUUAAGUCUUUGCCUUUUCAAGAGUAUACGAAUCCAAAGAAUGGCCUUCUAAAUAUUGCUGCGGCUCUCCCUUUGGACAUUCUAAAAUUGGACAUGGGACCAAAAUCAUAUAUUGCAUAUGGCGCCAGAGAAGAGCUUGGACGGGGGGACUCGGUCACUAAGCUUCACUGUGAUGUUUCAGAUGCGGUUAAUGUUUUGAUGCAUUCAUCUGAUGUAAAAUUUAAAAAGGAGCGCAUAUGUGAGAUUGAGAAAAUGAAAAGGCAACACAGACUGCAAAAUGAAAAAGAGCGACUGCAAGAUUCUCAUAUUAAUGGGGAUCUUACUGAUGUAAGAAAUGAAGGAUACUUGAAGGCAGGCGACCAAGAAGAUACCAAUUUACCUGCAAUCACACAGGGGGGAGCUAUAUGGGAUAUUUUUCGGAGACAAGAUGUUCCUAAGCUACAGUCUUUUCUUAAAAAGCAUUCAAAGGAAUUUCGGCAUAUUUAUUGUUCUCCUGUUUAUCAGGUUUUUAAUCCUGUCCAUGAUGAAACAUUUUAUUUAACCAUUGAACAUAAAAGAAUGCUCAAGGAGAAAUACGGAAUCGAACCGUGGACGUUUGAGCAGGCCCUAGGAGAAGCAGUUUUCAUUCCUGCUGGAUGUCCCCAUCAAGUGAGAAACUUGAAGUCCUGCACGAAGGUUGCUCUUGACUUUGUUUCCCCUGAGAAUGUUGGUGAAUGCCUACGCUUAACAGAGGACUUUCGGGUGCUUCCUACUAACCACCGGGCAAAAGAAGAUAAACUUGAGAUAAAGAAAAUGAUUGUUUAUGCUGUCAAUAAAGCUGUGAAGACCUUGCAGGAUUUUGUUCCCUCCAAAAAGGAGAAAGCCACCCCAAACUAACCAACAGUUUUGACACCUCUAUACUGCACCCCAUUGGAGUCUUAGAAUUAUGUCCACCAAUUUUUGUUAUCUUUAAUAGAAUAAAAAUGUUCCUUUCUUAACUUUAUACCUGUUAAUAGUUAAAAGCAUCUGGUAAACAUGAGCUGUGUCUGUAAAUAUCUAUAGAUCUUUUAUGUUUAUGCAAUUAAAUUUAUGUUUUCAGACAAUUC